GGCGGUGGCGGCGGCGCGGCCGGGAGCGAGGGCAGGGGUGAGGCGGGCGAAAGGCGGCAGCGCGUAGCGAGACCCACGAAGCGAGACCCAGAGAGAGACUGUCGCGGGCAGGCGGUCCCCCCGCGCCCCCCCGUCCUUCGCCGCCCGGCGGGUCCCGCCCGCCCCCGCCCUGCGGACCGCGCGUUCUCCGGCCCCGCCGCCCCCGGAGCGGAGGAUGAUGAAGCUCAAGUCCAACCAGACGCGCACCUACGACGGGGACGGCUACAAGAAGCGGGCGGCCUGCCUGUGCUUCCGCAGCGAGAGCGAGGAGGAGGUGCUGCUGGUGAGCAGUAGUCGCCAUCCGGACCGAUGGAUUGUCCCCGGGGGUGGCAUGGAGCCCGAGGAGGAGCCUGGCGUGGCCGCUGUGCGUGAGGUCUGUGAAGAGGCUGGAGUGAAAGGGACGUUAGGAAGAUUAGUGGGAAUUUUUGAGAACCGGGACAGGAAGCACAGGACAUAUGUUUAUGUACUCAUCGUCACCGAAGUGUUGGAGGACUGGGAGGACUCUGUCAAUAUUGGAAGGAAAAGGGAAUGGUUUAAGAUAGAAGAUGCCAUAAAAGUUCUGCAGUAUCAUAAACCGGUGCAGGCCUCGUAUUUUGAGACCUUGAGGCAAGGCUGUCUGGCCAACAACGGCACCCCAGUCAUGACCACGCCGUACUCCGAGAGCUCCGUGUCCGACAUCAGAUGACUGACGACGUCCCUGCGAGAGCAAUUCCCAAAAGCAGACUGAGACCUGGAUUUCCCUCCCCUCCCCGUUUCCAUGCCUCCUCCCUCACACCAGGCAUGGGCAGCCGCCUGGGGCAGAGCAAGUGUUCAGAGUGCUGCAAUUUAGUGCAAGGUGGGAUGAUGUUUUUGGUUGUUUUUGGUUUUUUUUGGUUGGCUUUUUUUGCUUUUUGUUUUUUUUUUUCUUUUUUGGAUCUGUAUUUUGUAAAAUACAUUUUGUGCAUGAAGUGCCCCUUUCCUGGUACUCCGCUCCACGGCUUGGAGGCUGCCAGCCCCGCCUCUGCCUUGUACUCUGAAGUGUCCCAAGUGUCCCCUUUGUGUCACCCCAGCCAGAGCCACUUUUUUUUUUCUUUUUGUUAAAUUAAAAGACUUCUAAUGUGAGAUCAGCUCUUCAAGUCUUAGUCUGUACUGUAAGGUGCUGCUCAGACCCAUGUGGGGAUCACUCGCAGCGCAUCUGUAUAAACUUUUUUUUAGAUGGAGGAUCUAACAUUUUAAUUUUUUGGGAAUUUUUUUUUUUUAAAUCCUGGUCUGCUUCUGAAAAGAAGGAUUCAUAAUUAAUCUGUUUGCCUUUUGUUCUGUUUUUUAAAAACACACAUUCUGUGACAGUACUAGUGGCUGGGCCAGUUUACUCCCCAUCCAGUAUCUCCCAAUUUAGUGCAGUGACAUUUGAAGUUGAGGGCAGAGUUCGGAUCACCUGCAGAUAUCCCUGCAGACAUCCCUGCGGCUUCUCCGACAGCUUCCACCAACAUUUCUGCGUUUCCAUCCGAGCGAAACCUCACGGCGCUGCUCUGGAACCGCCGGCCAAAACCAAACAGCCUCAGCAGCGCUGCAAUGGCGCCCGGGUCACGGGAGCCGGGGAUGUGGGGGGGUCGGACGGACACACUGCAGUGUGGCUCACCAACACUGUCCCCUGCUCCCGCUGCGUCCUGCUCAUGUCUCUCUUGUCCACAUGCCUUACGCCAUGCUGAACUGGACACCUGGGGUUUGUGCUGAAGCAUCGGAUCGUGCUCGCCGAGUGUCGCCGCUGUUCCCGGAGAAACCAUGCGCACAUCCCUAAAGAGAAGUCCCGGGGGGAAAAUUCAGGUGUUCGGUCUCUUGUCCUGUGGUUCUGCAGCACUUAGGGUUGCACCGUGGAGUGAGCUCAAAGUGUGCUCUCCAUGAAAGGUACAGCUGCCUCCCGCAGGCAGCAUUCCCGGGGGAGCGGCACAGGAGAGCUCCCUGAUGCAUUGGCACACUUCACACGGGGGUUUGUUGUUUUAUUGCUGUAAGUUUCAUGCUGUCUUGAUUUGCCAACAGUGUUGUCUAUCUGGGAAAUAAAAUGG